CCUUAGAUCUUCACCUUCUCUUUGGAUUCCUCCAGCUGUGCUGCUGCCAGAUAAACCAGGAAACAAAAUGAGUGCACCGAAAAAGUCCCCUGAAGAACUCAAAAAAAUUUUUGUAAAAUAUGCAGCUAAGGAGGGUGAUCCUGACCAGCUGUCUAAAGAUGAACUGAAACUGCUAAUCGAGGCAGAAUUCCCACAGAUAUUGAAGGGGUCCACCAGUCUGGAUGACCUCUUUAAAGAACUGGACAAGAAUGGCGAUGGAGAAGUCAGUUUUGAGGAAUUCCAGGUCCUGAUAAAAAAGAUAUCCUCGUGAGUUCAUCCCCUGGUGAAGAAGCAAGCAGCGUGCUAACCAAGACAAAGCUCUGCUCUGGCCACAAGUCAUAAAAUCCCUGAGCAGCUACCUUUAAACAAAAGGUUUUAUUCUUUAGCAUCAUAUGGUCCUAGUUAGGAAAUUAAUGUA